AUGUGGUAUCGCAACAAGGAUAGGGAUGGGAACUGGUCUCAUUGGAAUCAUCAGCGGUUGUCUCAUUGGGACCAAGAAAUUGCCAAAAAAUACGCUCAAGACGAGCAUAUCCCCGAGAAUGAGGACAUAGGGUCAUCGUAUUGGCCUCAGCUUGGACCCUACUCCUCGCUGGACCCUCAAACCAUCGCCACUCAUAUGGACAUGAUGAAGAGGGCUGGCUUGGGUGUAGCUGUUGUGAGCUGGUAUCCCCCUGGUCUCCACGACCCAGCACUUGACGAUCAAAACCAAACCGUCGACAUAUUGCGAGCAUUACUACUCGAUAUCGCGUGGGCUCACGGCAUGAGAGUUGCUAUUCACUUGGAGCCAUACGAAGGCCGUACCCCUUCUACGGUACGUAAAGACUUUGAAUACAUUCACACACACUACGGGAAGCACCCAGCGCUCCACAGAGUCGCCAAUGUUCGUGACGGAACGCUUCUUCCUCUCGUAUACAUCUACGAUAGCUACCACAAUUCUCCAGAAGAAUGGGCUAGGUUGUUGACCCCGAGUGGGGACCUCUCGGUCCGCGGUAAAACCGGUUUGGACUGCACAGCGAUCUUCCUAUGGGUCGAGGCGGCCCACUCGACUUAUAUCAAAUCAGGAUUCGAUGGGUUCUAUACCUAUUUCGCAGCUGCUGGUUUCGUGUACGGCAGUACUCCGUCCAACUGGCACUACAUGGGCCGAGUCGCGCAAGAGGCUGGCAUUUACUUUAUACCGAGCGUAGGGCCAGGGUAUAUUGACGUAGAGGUGCGGCCUUGGAACUUCGCCAACACUCGCGAUCGUCGUGAUGGCCGAUACUUCGACCAUAUGUUCUCCGAGGCUGCCAGACUUCGACCGAAAAUGGCUUCUAUAACGUCCUUCAACGAGUGGCACGAGGGAACCAACAUAGAGCCCGCCCUGUACGGCAAGUCUACAGUGGCGUCAUUGACAAGGCCUGCUAGGGGCUAUUUGAACUAUGGUUCUGAUCCUGAGUUUUAUUUGACUAAAACGAAGCAAUGGGUUGAACGCAUGUUCGGACCUCCUGGUCUGGUGAUCCCGUGA